AUGCCAAGUGAAUUGGAGGUGCUUUACCUUUAUAACAACAAGCUAAGUGGUGAAAUUCCCUCCCAACUGGGAGACUUGGAAAACCUGGCUGCACUUGGCCUCGACGGGAACCGAUUGAGCGGAGAGAUACCGCCAGAGUUGGGCAAGCUCAGCAACCUAGACAAGAUGUACCUUUCAGACAACAGGCUUGUGGGUGAUAUUCCGGACGAGUUGGGUGAUAUUCCGAACCUUUAUGGGCUGUUCCUCUCUGGAAAUGAUCUGAGUGGCUGCAUCCCGGAAGGGUUGCGCGAUGUGGAAGAGAACGACUUUGAGGCGCUUGGAUUGCCGUUCUGUGUUCCGCCGGAUGAUGUGGACUGCGUUGAACCGUUGCCAUCCGUACACGCCAUUGCGAUUGAAGAUUCAUGGGAAUCUGAAUGCAUUUCCGUCAAUAGGUCCUCUGGCAGGACAUAUUAUGCUCGCUACUACACGCUCGACCUGAGUGAGCAGGCACUUGUGGGAAUUGAGCUGGCUUCUGAGGACGAUGAUGGUUAUCUGUACCUUCUGGAUGGCGAAGACUCGAACGGUGAAGUGUUGCAGGAGGUAGGCGGUUAUAAGGGCGUCGCCCGACUAGGACCUACAAUGCUGCAGCCUGGAAAUUACACGAUCGAAGCUGCGACAUACGAUAGCCGGGUAGAGGGCAGGUUCACUCUUCGGGUGAGAAUGGUGCACGAAAGUGUGCUGCAAUCAAGCGCCGACCGAAUUGCACUCGCCACUCUAUAUCUCACUACGCACGGAGACGGGUGGAAUAGAAAGACAAACUGGCUAACCGAGGCGCCCCUAUCGGAUUGGCAUGGCGUCAUCACUGACAGCGCCGGAAGAGCCAUAGACUUGAGACUCGGCGCGAAUAACUUGAAGGGUGAAUUGCCCGCCAAAUUAGGUCUAAUGCAAGAGUUAAGAGUCUUGCACCUUGAAUUCAAUGAUCUGUCAGGUGAGAUCCCGUGGCAGCUAGGCGAUUUGGUACACCUUCGAGAGUUGCGGCUUAGUUUCAACAAACUGACUGGACCAAUUCCCUCUCAUUUGGGCGACCUGUCAGACCUGGAGGAGUUGCACCUCAAUGACAACGACUUGUCGGGAGAGAUACCAAUUGAACUGGGCAAUCUAAUCAGUCUCACGGAUUUCAAUCUGGGUCAUAACGAAGUCUCAGGUGCGAUACCGCCGGAGCUUGGCAAGCUGGCCAACCUCAGAUCACUGGAGCUGGGAAGCAACAACCUUACUGGGCAGAUUCCGUUGGAGCUGGGAAACCUCGUCAACCUUGAACGGCUGAAUCUUUCCCACAAUUGGUUAACUGGAAGGGUGCCGUCAGAAUUGCUGAAUGUGAUCCGAUUGGAAGACCUCAGACUAGGCUUUAACGGGCUAAGUGGGAACAUACCGACCGGAUUGAGCACGCUCGGCGAAUUGAGAAUCUUGGACCUAGCGAGGAAUGAAUUCAGCGGUGAAAUUCCAGAUGAACUGGGCAGCAUUGAGAAUCUGGAGAGUCUUUUUCUCUACUACAAUCGGCUGUCCGGUGAGAUACCUGUUGAACUGGCGCGCGCCACGAAGUUGAAUGAAUUGAUAUUAAACGGAAACAGUCUGGUGGGUCAGAUACCGCCCGAAUUGGGAAGCCUCACCGACCUGCAAGAGUUGAGUCUCGACUAUAAUCUGCUGACGGGCACGAUACCUUCAGAAUUUGGGGAUCUGGAAGCCUUGGAAGAGCUUGACCUUAGCCACAACCAGAUUACAGGGACAAUUCCGCCCGAACUGGUAACCUUGACAAUCUGGAAGAGCUUGACCUUAGCAAUAACUUGCUUACUGGGGAGAUUCCUGCGGAGUUGGGCAAUCUUUCAAGCAUUGACGAGAUAG